AUGUCUAAAGCUUCGAUUGCAAUUAUUGGUCUCAAUGGAUUCCUCGGUAAACACGCCCUCAAUGCUAUCAACUCUGGGAUUUUCGAUUCCAAAAUUCAAUUCCCCAUUAAAGCCAUUUCCAGAAAAGAAGGAUCAACAUCAACUGACAAGAUUCAAUACAUCGUCUCCCCAGAAACAUCAGCUGAGGAUGCCCAUCUCAUCGAAUCCAUUAAGGGAGUUGAUGCAAUCAUUGAUUUAACUGGUGCAUCUCCUGAAGCAUCCGCAAAAGUGCAAAAGCUAGUUGCUAAAGUCAAACCACAAUUAUUCAUCCCAUCUCAAUUUGGUACUGAUAUUCAUCAAGCUGACGCUUAUGCACCUGGGUUUUUAGUUUCUAAAACUCAAACAUCUGAAGCCAUACGUCAAUUGGGAAUUAAAGUAGUUGAUAUCUAUACUUCAAUCUUUGCUAUUCCUGGUUUAUUCCUUUAUGAAAUGGUCAGUCCAGUCGGAAUACAUGAAGAUGGAAUCCAUUUGAUUGGAGAUAUCAAUCAAAAAUUCAAUGUAUCUAAAUUAGAAGACGUGGGAAAUGUUGUAUUGGCCGUUGCUACCCACAAGCCCUACGCUGAUUUACCAGAUACCAUCCAUGUUGCAAGUGAUACAAUCACCGUUAAAGAUGUAAUUAGCAAAUUCGAAUCGGCCAAAGGAAUCAAAUUAGAUCUCGUUUCCGAAAAGACUGCUGAACAAGGUAAACAAGAAUUUCUUGCCAAGUUAAAUGCUGGUUUCAAUUUGAGUGAUUUUGUAUUUUAUUUACAAGUUAUUAUUGCUCAGGGUUUAGACAAAGGGUUAUAUUUUAGCCAAUUGGAUAAUGAAUUGGUUAACCCAAAUGAAUCAUUAUGGAAAUGGAGUAAAUACUAA